UUUUUUAAGUUUACAGAUAGCUGUACGUAAUGUACAAGUAUUAUCAACAAAUUACGACAUACACUUAUUACUAUACAAGGUUACCAGCAAAAAGUAAAUAACAGUAAUUAUUUCGUCAUAAAGAAGAAAAAAAUGAAGCAUAAUGUGUUACGUUGAAUGAGCGCACUUGAAUUUAGUUAUUUGAAUUAAAAAAUAAACUUUAGUUUGUUUUAUGAGAUGUCUACGUUAAGUAAUAUUAUUGAAAAUGAGGAUAUGGAAAAGAUAUUGUCAGAAUUCACAAGACUUGAGGAUCAGUGUUAUUUAGAAAAUGCUGGAUCAUCUUUAUACCCAGAAAGCUUGAUAUACCAAGUGAAUCAAGACCUACUUAGAAAUGUCUAUAUGAACCCUCAUUCAGAUAAAUACACAAAAGAUUGUGUAGAUCAUAUCAGAUCAUCAAUAUUGAGGUUCUAUAAUACUGACUCCUCAAAGUACUCUGUUAUCUUUACAUCAGGGACCACACAAUCAUUAAAAUUAGUUGUAGAAUCAUUUCAGUUUGCUUAUGAUCAGAAUGAAGUUCAAAAUUGUGGUUCUUUUGUAUAUCUAAGAGAUAAUCAUACCUCUGUACUUGGUUUGAGAGAGAUUGCUUCAGAUAAGAAUGCUGACAUUAUCCAUAUUAGCCAUGAUGAUUUCCUUAAUGCAUUGAAUUUAUCACAUUCUACUUCAAACUUGUCUAUGAAGGGAAGGAAUAAUCGUGGUGGCAAUUCGUUACUGGUGUACCCUGCCCAAAGUAACUUUAAUGGAUACAAAUAUCCAAUAAACUGUACAGAAAAGAUAAAAGAGGGAUGUCUAGAUAAUUAUGUAAAAAAAAACUUGUGUAAAAUUAAUUGUGAUUGGUAUGUUUUAUUGGAUGCCGCCUCAUAUUUGUCGACAAAUAAAUUAGAUUUGUCGAAAUGCCAACCUGAUUUUGUUGCACUCUCCUUUUACAAAAUAUUUGGGUAUCCAACAGGAUUAGGGGCUUUAUUGGUUAAAAAUAGUAGUAAUGAAGUUUUAUCUGAGAAAAGAUACUUUGGAGGUGGUACUGUUGAUAUUGUCCUUAGCAAUGAAGAUUAUCAUAUGAAGAGAGAAUUAUUUCAUGAAAGGUUUGAAGAUGGUACAAUACCAUUUCUGUCUAUAAUUGCUCUGAAACAUUGUUUUGAUGUAAUUAAUGGAUUAAUCCCAAAAGUUAUCAAUAAUGAUCUUAUGGAUACAAUAUCAUAUCACACUUACUUCUUAGCUAAAGAUCUGUAUCUCCAACUAGAUCUACUGUAUCAUAGAAAUGGUCAAAAAGCUGUAGUAUUUUACACAGAUUCAGAGUUUGAUGAUAUUAAUAAGCAAGGUGCUAUUGUUACUUUUAACAUUUUGAGGAGUGAUGGUUCAUACAUAGGAUAUGCCGAGUUUCAGCAUAUGGCAGACCUGUUUAGAAUUAGUGUUAGAACUGGCUGCUUUUGUAAUUCUGGUUCUUGUCAAAGACAUUUAAAUGCUACCAACAAGGAAAUGAAGGAUAUGUAUAAAGCUGGCCAUAAAUGUGGUGAUGAAAUAGAUUUAGUUAAUGGUAGACCCACUGGAGCCAUUAGGGUGUCAUUUGGAUACUAUAAUACAUUUAAGGAUGUUGACAGAUUGAUUACAAUGAUAUCUCAAUGUUUUGUGCACACUAAGCCUAAGAAAGUAAAGCGCGUGAGACAUCAACUUGACACUAAAAAGUCUAUAAAAGAAGAGGAAACAAAAUUAUUGAAUGAAGAAGAAUACUUUAAUAAAAUCAACCUCAUUGAUGAGCAGAUUUUUGAUUCUGAUAUUACUUUGUGUGAAAUGGCGAUAUUCCCCAUAAAAUCUUGUGGAGCAUUCAAAAUAAAUUCCUCCUGGAAAAUUGGAUCAAGAGGCUUCGAAUAUGAUAGAGAGUGGAUGGUUGUCAAAGAUAAUGGUGUCUGUUUGACUCAAAAACAAAAUACGCGAAUGUGCCUCAUAAAACCUAAAAUCGAUCUUAAACAUCACUUGCUGAUUCUUAACUGUCAAGGAAUGCCGGCUUUGCCUUUACCAUUAACCAUUGAUGACAAGAAGAAGGCAAAUGCUACAUUUUGUCAGAGUAAAGUUUGUACAGACAUCAUUGAAGGCUACGAUUGCGGAGACGAAGCAGCCAAUUGGGUUUCUAAUGCUUUGGGAGUAUCGUUUUUGAGAUUAGUCAAACAAUCAGGCGAAGUGAAAAGACUGCAAAAAAAUAAAAAAGACAACAGUGGACCUAAAUUAUUAUCGCUCAGCAACCAAGCUCAAUUUCUAUUGGUGAAUAAAGCCACUGUGCGUUGGUUGAGAGAUGAAAUCAAAGACCCACAAUUCAACGAUGACAUUGAUCAAUUGACCAAUAGAUUCAGGGGUAAUAUAGUUAUUGAUAUGGAACAAGAGCUUGUUGAAAGGGAUUGGAACAGGAUUCUUAUUGGAAAACACGAAUUUAAGGUCGAAGGACCAUGUUCAAGAUGCCAAAUGAUAUGCAUUGAUCAAAAUACAGGAGAUAAAACUGUGGAACCUCUGAGAACAAUAUCAGAACAAUUUGCAGGGAAACUGAAAUUUGGUAUCUAUCUUUCUUACAUAGGUACUGUUGACGGCUCUAAGGAUUGUACUUUAAAACUAAACACUCCUGUCAAGCCUAUAAUCAAUGAUGAUGAUAUAAGCAGGUGAAAAGAAGUUAAUUUUCAGUACACUGAAUCUCAAAUGGACACUAGUUCAAAUGAAUGCAACUGCACAGUAUUAGUAUGGUAAAAUUAUUAAAUGUAACACAAAAACUGUCUUCCACUAGUACGAAUGUUAUUCUUUUAUAUUAGGAAAAUACUUUAAUACGUUAACUACGUCGUAUCAUGACCAUAACAGUAAUAGGUUUGUGCUAACAGUAAGAGACGGUAUCUACUUGACCAGUCGUAGUCGGUGACGGAACGAUCUAGUCAAUUUUGUUCUAUUAGACAAAUAUGUUUAAAAAAGUAUUAUAUGGGUUAGAGAGGAUUGACUUGGUGUAGUGGACAUAGUAGACAGAAUUGCUUAUUUUU